AUGAGCAACGUAAGCGAGCAAGUUUCAAAAACCGUGGAGUCGGCCAAAGAAGCUGCUGCAAAAGUCGGCGAGCAAGUGUCAGAUUUCUUUCAGGGAAACCCAUUCUCUACUCCAGUGGGUCGCAAAAUAGAACUUGCUACGAAUGCUUCCAUUCUUGCAACCGAAAAUUGGGGAUUGAACAUGGAAAUCUGCGAUUUUGUCAAUAAUACUGAGGACGGUGCCAAAGAUGCUGUACGGGCUAUCCGCAAACGUCUGCACACGAACAUGUGCAAGAACAACGCUAUCGUGAUGUACACUCUAACAGUGCUUGAGACAUGCGUAAAGAAUUGUGGACAUAACUUCCACGUGCUCGUCUGUUCCAAGGACUUUGUACAAGAUCUGGUGAAAUUGAUCGGUUCGAAGUUCGAUACACCACAGAUUAUUCACGAACGUGUACUGUCACUCAUUCAGGCGUGGGCAGAUGCCUUUCGUGGUCAGCCUGACCUCCAAGGGGUUGUUCAAGUUUACGAAGAGCUCGUCAGUAAAGGAGUUACAUUUCCUCCUACUGAUCUAGACGCUAUGGCACCGAUUUUAACUCCAAAGCAGACGGUCUUCACUGAGCCGAAAGCAUCGACGGCUCGUACAUCGCAGUCAACUGGGUCACCUAGUUACGAGGUGGUAAGUCAACCUGAGGGCCCCAUCACUGCAUCUGCUGAACAGCUAGCAAAACUUCGAUCAGACCUUGAUGUGGUGAACUCGAAUUUAAAGGUAUUCCGUGAGAUGCUCACUGAGAUAACCCCUGGACGUGAAACAGCGGACGAACUUCAAUUGCUCAGUGAAUUGCACGCAACUUGCAAACAAAUGCAACUACGAAUACUAGACUUAAUUCGAACUGUGGGAAACGAAGAAGUAACUUAUGAACUGCUCGUUUUGAAUGACGAAUUCAAUAGCAUUUUUGAAAAAUAUGACCGAUUCGUGACGAAUCGAAGUGGGGAUGCUAAUAAGGAAGCGUCGGCUGCCUCCGGUGAGCCGGCUACUGCCGAUCUGAUUGAUGUUGGACAGUCGGGGAAGUCGCUUGAGGAGCAACUUGCUGGAAUGAAGGUGACAACAGCUUCUAGCGCGGACGCCUAUGCUGCUAAUAGUGAGCAGCAGGCCCCUGUUGGGAUAGCAACAGCACUCAAUAACAAGGUGAAAAUUUGUAAUACGUCCGUCUUGUUCUGCCGCAGUUUAAAAGCAUUUAUUAUAGAGUAG